CAUGUUUGGUUGCUUUGUUGUAGGCUUCUACAAGGUUUCCUACAGAAUUAGUAAGUGUGGAAAUGGAGCCGAGCUGGAGUACGUUUCUUUUUCAACAGGCCAAUGAAGCCCUCCACCACCAGCACCAUGUGGCCCAGAACAGCCUGCUGCCACUGCUUAACGCAGGAACUGAACAAAUCGACCAGAAGCCUAUCCUGCCCAUCCAAAUAGACCAGAAGCCCCCUUCCAGUGCUGCUGAGCUCCUUAAAGACAAUGUGGCCAGCGGAGGAGGUGCACGGCCGCCAGUGCCUGUGAUAAAGAAGGAACACAAAGGCAAAACGCCGUUCGUCUGUGGCUACUGCAACAAGGCCUUCCGUGACAGCUACCACUUGCGGCGUCAUGAGUCCAGCCACACAGGUAUCAAGAUGGUGUCGCGGCCAAAGAAGACCGCCCAGACGGCCCCCACCAUGGUCCCCAUGAUCUCUACCAUGCCACGAGAGAACAACGGCAACCCUUCCUACAUCUCCACGGUAGCGGGAAUCCUCUCCACAGCGACCACCUCGGUUUCCUCAGGCACAAGUAUCAUGACACAAUCGGCAAUGGGCAACGUGCCACAGCAAAAUGUCCCUAAGAAACCCGCCAAACCCGUCAAGAAAAACCACGGGUGUGAGAUGUGCGGCAAAGCCUUUCGUGAUGUCUACCACCUGAAUCGCCACAAGCUGUCCCAUUCAGAUGAGAAGCCUUUUGAGUGCCCCAUCUGCCAGCAACGCUUUAAAAGGAAGGACCGAAUGACCUACCAUGUUCGCUCUCAUGACGGGGGAGUCCACAAGCCCUAUGUAUGUUCUGUAUGUGGGAAAGGCUUUUCCAGGCCAGACCACUUGAGCUGCCACGUGAAGCAUGUGCAUUCUUCAGAAAGACCGUUCAAAUGUCAAGUAACGGCCUGUACCUCUGCUUUCGCCACCAAAGACAGACUCCGUUCCCACAUGAUCAGGCACGAAGGCAAGGUCACCUGUAGCAUCUGCGGGAAGAUGCUGAGCGCAGCCUACAUCACCAGCCAUUUGAAGACUCACGGGCAGACCAACUUUAACUCCUGUAACAAAGAGGGUAACGGAGUCUGCAAUUCUUCCUCAGCUACACCUGUGACCAUCUCGGCCCCCAUCACCUCAGCGAUGAACCGGGGCCACUCCAACAACCCCGUCACCAUAGCCGCACAAAUGAACAUUAGCACCAACACGGUCAACAUCACAUCUCCAAUCAGCCUCCAGCACCCAGUCACCAUCACUGGGCCAGUCAACAUUGCCUCCGUCAACAUCCCCGCCACGGCACCCAUGAAUAUCGCCCACCCAGUCGCAAUAACGACCCCCAUGCCUAUGAAUAUGGCUGGCCCGCUCAACAUCGCCAUGAGGCCAGUGGAUAGCAUGCCUUUUCUGUCCCAAGUCUUGCCUUCUUCCCCGCCCUGGUAAAAAAAAAAAAAAAAGGAGAGAGAGAGAG